AAUAUUCCCAACAAAGCGGUGAGCUGCGGACACAACCCUGCCAAGCGUCGAGAAGCCCUGGAUUGGCGGCCCCGUGGCGUCAAAGCAUUGGAAAUCUGUGUCCAAUCAUGUCAUUAAUACUUCGUACUCCGUUUUCGGUCUUGAACCCUGCUUGACCCGGCCACCUUCUCGUCCCAAGUCCUUCGGGGGUCGUUCCUCACUAAGCAGUCACACAACCAGAUACUUUGUGAACUUUAUCCAAGUCUUCAUUUCGUCACCGUUAAGUCCCUUCCAUAUGAGUUCCGACACCGAGCUCAUGCCUGUAGGGGGUGAACCGCCGGCUGAUGCCCGGGCCCAAGCUGUCGGCCCUGGGAGCGGCAGCACGAGUUUCAUCGGGACCGUGGGCAACAGCCCAGCGGAUGGAACCAAUAAUAACGAACCCCAGGAACAAAUGGACACGAGCUCGGUAGAGGGAGGUCAGAAUUAUAUCGACUCAUUUCGACCGAGCCGACACCUGGUGCCCCAUUGGAGAAACGUUUUGUCGCCCUCACGCGUUGCUUCAAGUGCGUCUAUCUCGCUCCUGUGGUUCGGGCACGGGACGGGCAUUCAGGAUCGCCAACAAUUACGGGGCAGUCUUCAUCCAGCAUCCCUGGCCAAGAAAUUCACACCCGAUUCAAGCGGGACAGGGUCAUUACCUCAAGCAGUGUUUGUGCGGGAUAUCUCGAGCGGGAUCAUAAACACCCUUGGGCCAACAUUUAAUCUGAGUCCCGAAACCUUUGAGGCACACCUCGUUCAAUCCGGUUAUACCGCCUCCUCGUACUCGGACCCCGACCCGAGUACGUGGCCAACCCGAUUCCUGUGCAGAGCCCAUGUUUCACUGCAAUGGUUUAGCGUGGUUUUGAGGAAGGACAUGGAGCCUCGUGACGAAUUCUCCCGCCACCAGCUCCUCGAGACCGGUUUGAGAUGGUCCCGCGAGAGCAAGCGGCGCGGCCGAGCUGGAGAAGUAACUUUGAUGAGACACAAUCAUGAGCUACACACGUCAACAAAUAUCUUCCGCCGCGAGUGGCCCCUUUCCUCAACGUUCCGGCCCCCAAAACGCAAACUCCAGGGCACGGUCUAUGACCUAGUCGAGAUUGGCGAAGACGACGCGUCUAGUAACUCAUCGAGUACCGAGGACGAGAGGGAAGAAUCGAAUAUCGUUGCAUGGGAAGAACGAGUCACGUUUUGCUGGGGGAGUUGCUCGCAAAGAAGAUGCCCCAUCGUCUUUUUUGACCCGCUCCCACAGCUGGUCAACGGGCCCGGGAGAACCGAGCCGACCGGGGCCGGAGUAACGCCAUUUUUGAAACGACCGAUUCCAAGGCGGCCUCCGACUCUUCAUCUUGACAGCAACCCUGCCACACUACAGCAGCUCGGUGUGUAUUCGAACGCUACGGAGGACGCGUGUUCUGACGUCGAGGCUUGGCUAGAAGUGCUGGCUCGUGAUCCGGGUCUCGCGGGCUGCACAACACUCGAUCUUCAGCUUCUCGCUGUCUUUAACCUAGUUCGACAGGAUACGAUUAUAUUUCUAGAGCAUGUCGACCGCGUACUUGACCAAAUCAGCGCCGGUUCAAUGGACGAAACACUAGUGCAGGAACAACUGGGACACUGGCGGGCCCUGUUGGGCCGUUUUCAGAACCAAUUACCGGCACUCGACAAAUCAAUUCGCGGGUUCUUCAGCUUUCCUUACACGAGCGAGGACAGAGGACCACCUCCUGAACUGAUAACGGGUUUAGCCGCGCUAGGGGUUGACUUCACACGCACCGUUGCUAAGUGCGAGGAAACCCAACAGGGACUACGGGCCGAGAUGUCACUGCUUGAAAGCAAGCGAGGCAUCGAAGAAGCCGAGAGUGUGUCCCGCCUCACCGAAUUAGCUUUUCUCUUCAUCCCGACCACAUUUGCAGCCAGUCUCUUCAGCAUGCAGGUACGGGAGCUUGUGGAAAGUCCACCUCCAGUCUACGCCUUUAUUAUUACAGCAAUUGUCAUCGUGUCCGUCUCCUACGGGCUCCGUCUCAUACAGCGUAGCACGGUGGUCAGCGGCUUGCUCCUGAAAACGGCGCGCCAGAUUCGCACUGACCAGAAAAUCACGAGUCGGGAUAUACCGGCGCGGAAGAUAUUCACUUGGGUGGCAUGGAAGCUUCGCGGCAGGCCCCUGAUCAUUAUUUUCAGCUGCUGCAUUCUGGCGGCGAUAAUUGCUCCACUUUGGACAAGAGAAGCUAUGGAUCUGAGUUUCAGGGCAGCUAUGACUGGGCUUCUAUCGUGUUCAGUUAUCCUGGCCUUCUGGGUGUUUCACUUUGCAACUUCUAGUAGUACUAGCCUCUCCCACGGGGGGCACGUUACCGGAUUCGGCCGUGUUUGGCAGAGGGUUAGUGAAGAUUCCCCAGGGGAUGCCGAGGGCGGCCGGCGAGCACCAGCUUCCGUUAUACACACGUAAGAGGUAGUGUAGGCACUUGGCCGUCGCCUCCACUCACCAUUUGUCGGUGACAUGUGCUUUACUCGAAGCUAGCUACAUUUUGAGAUUAAGAGGAUGGUUGAGUCGUGACCCUCGGGGAAUACCUUCUAACAAAAAGAAAGUCGAAGUCCAGAGGACCAAGAACUCAAGAAAAGAUAAAUAAGUAACUAAGAGGAAGAUAGUAAAUGAAAUGAAACAG